AUGCGGCGCGUCAGGUUGUGCACCAAAGCGCAAGGCAGGCCAAACAAAUCGCGUCGCGAGACGAGUAACUCGCUUUACCAACUGUCUUUCGACUUCCGCACCUCUAAGCAAAACCCCGUUGAAGAGUUUCCGUCACACGCCGCGACGUGUUUGGCGGUGUCAACGAACGGACCGUUUGACUCCACCGAUACGUGUUUACUGGAGCACAGCCUGACACUCGCUCUGGACGAGGAUGCUUCCGAAGGGGAGAAGUCCUUGGAGCUGCAUGCCGGUCGGGCUUCCCGACCUGGCUGCGCGCGCCGCGAGUCCGACGUGACCUGGAGAGGCUGUACCGACGAACUGGAUCUCAACUGCGGAAAGUGGCGGUGCGACUUCUCGCGACAGCACGCUGGUCGUUACCGUCUUGCGGCGAUUUCACGCGAGGACGUGGGGCGGCUGAGCCGAGCCCUGGUGGGUGAGCGCCUUUAG